CUGCUGCUUCAUUUUGUACGUGAAGAAGAGCAACAUGCUAGAACAGCUGUGAACACACAGAUAGGAUAACUAGCUAAAGUCUUGGAAAGAUAUUGUGUAUUAGCUACAAAACACAAGACACGAAGACAGAAACAGUAUGACUAACGCACUGUUGUAGCUGAAGGGCGUUUGUUUCCGCCGGUUAUAUUUAGACGCUAGCUUAGUAGCGCGUUAGCUGAACGUGUAGCAGGUUUAGCUUAGCUAGCUGUCACCGGGUUGUUUUGUUCUCUGUAGAAGUGGCAGCUUCUUUCAUAACACAUGAGUGUGUCGCUGGUCGUUAUCCGUUUGGAAUUAGCCGACCAGUCUCCUUCUCCACAGGGUUUCCAGUACUCAGCUGUUGAAGGCAUGUCAGAGGAGGAACUGCAGGACAAAGCUCUGGGUUUGGCCAAACACACUCUGAGUGGGAAAACCGAGCUGGAAAGAGCAGCUGUACUGCACCAGCACAUUGGCAGCAGAGCCAUGGGGGACAUGGUUAUAGAAACCUUUGAACCCAGCCCAGAUAAAGGAGGAGGUGAAGACCCCGGUGGUUCAGCAGAGCAGGACAGUGAACCUCAGGCUGCGAAGACAGAAGCAGACAGUCAGGAUGGCACAGAGGGUUCACAGGACGACAGCACAGCGACGGACACGGCUCCAGACUCGCCCUCCAAGCAGCUGCCGGACCAGAUCUCUUUCUUCAGCGGAAACCCCUCUGUGGAGAUCGUCUAUGGGAUCAUGCACCUCUACAAAACCAACAAAAUGACUUCACUGACUGAAGAUGUAAGACGUAGUGCCAUGGUGUGUAUCCUCACUGUCCCAGCGACCAUGACCAGCCACGACCUCAUGAAGCUUAUGGCGCCAUUUAAUGAUGUCAUGGAGCAUAUGAAGAUCAUCCGGGACUCCACUCCUAACCAGUACAUGGUUCUGAUUAAAUUUUGCACACAGGCAGACGCAGACAGUUUUUACACAGCGUGUAAUGGCCGCCAGUUCAACUCCAUAGAGGAAGCAGUGUGCCAACUGGUCUAUGUGGAGCGGGCAGAGGUUAUAAAGUCUGAAGAGGGAGCCAGUCUGCCGGUGAUGGAGCUGACCGAGCUUCCAAAGUGCACCGUGUGCCUGGAGAGAAUGGACGAGUCGGUCAACGGCAUCCUCACCACUCUCUGCAACCACAGCUUUCACAGCCAGUGUCUCCAGCGGUGGGAAGACGCCUCGUGUCCUGUAUGUAGGUACUGUCAAACCCCAGAGCCAGUCGAAGAGAACAAAUGCUUUGAGUGUGGAGUUCAGGAGAACCUGUGGAUUUGUUUGAUCUGCGGGCACAUCGGUUGCGGUCGCUACGUUAGCCGGCAUGCCUACAAGCACUUUGAGGAAACACAGCAUACCUACGCUAUGCAGCUCACCAACCACCGUGUCUGGGACUACGCAGGAGAUAACUACGUGCAUCGGCUGGUGGCCAGUAAGACCGAUGGGAAGAUGGUGCAGUAUGAAUGUGAGGGAGACACCUGUCAAGCUGAGAAAAUCGACGCACUCCAACUAGAGUACUCGUACCUGCUGACGAGUCAGCUGGAGUCUCAAAGGAUUUACUGGGAGAACAAGAUCGUUCAUCUGGAGAAGGAGACGGCCGAGGAGAUAAACAACAUGAAGGCCAAAUUUAAGGAAACCUUGGAGCGCUGUGACAACUUGGAGCGGCGGUUAGGAGAAAUAACCAAAGAGAAGCAGGGCAUAGAGAAAAAGUUCACUCAGCUGAACGGUCGAGUGGUGAAGCUGAGCCAAGAGCUGAAGGAGGAGCAGGAGAUGAACCGCUGCCUCAGAGCCAAUCAGGCGCAGCUGCAGGCCCAGCUGGCAGAGGAGGAACGCAAAGGAAAGGAGAGCGGGGAUCGUAAAGAUGUGACGAUAGCAGAGCUGCAGGAGCAGCUGAGAGAUGUGAUGUUUUAUCUGGAGACGCAGCAGCAGAUCGAACACCUGCCUCCGGAGGCUCGCAGUGAAAUCCAGGAGGGACAGAUCAACAUCGCGGCCAGCCCGGCAGACAGCGCUCUGGGCUCGGCGGGAGCAGGCCCCUCCUCGGGCAGAGGCAGGAGAGGCCGGGGCAGGAAGAGGAAGUAGGGCAGAGUUUGAAAUCUACUGGAAGGUGGUAGAAACUACUGCUGCCUCUCAGUGUGGACACAUGUUUAUGGCUGUUCAUUUAUCAACAUGUGUCUGCAUCAUUGUGAUUCACCAGAAAGCACUGAGAGGAGAAAUCAAGACUUGAUAUUAGACGCUCAACUUCUUUAAAUAGUGGUGAGAUUUACCUGCCGGGUUCAGUCCACCUUAACUUAAUGUAGCUCCUACAAGAAGAAACGUGGGAAGUCAUCUGUGUGAUAUAAAUAUAUUCUGCUGUUUCCAAAUUUAAAAAGAGUAUCUAUUUUGGUCAUAAAUGAUAUUUAUUUGAUCAAAAUUCUGUUUGUUUGUGCCCAGUCUAACUCCCUGUGAUAGUCCUUCUUAUCAAAGUCUGUUUAACAUGUUUAUACGUUUUUCUUUUACACGUCAGAGCUGGGCAAAGAAGCUGGUCGAUGAAUGUGUUUUCUCUGUGUAAAGGAACAUUUGACUCAGUUUUCCUAAAUCCUUUUAGUCUCAACUGUUCUUAAGUAAAAUGCUGAAUCUUU